AGAUCCAGCAGGAUGACCCGGUCUCGGACCCGCUACUGACCCGCGGCAUGACUCACACUCCUGGAUACUUGACGGGUGGAUUCCAGGCGCGGGAGCGGACGGAGCAUUGCCACCUGGAUUGGACCAUGUGGAUACCUGCGCGUGGAAGCGACCCCGCAGUGUAGGAAAGUGGGUUUACAGAGGUCAGUCAGCGAACUAAAACCUGCCACAAACACAGAGUUGCUCGUGUCCAGCAGCGAUGCAGGGAGCCUGUCUCUGCACUGUCAGAGUCUUGGUUCUGCUGCUGCUCUGGUUGGACCCCCAGAACUGCCAACACACCGCAGACCACAGGAAGGUUCCUCAAAGGUCAGAGUCCCAGCAGGGGGUUGGGGCAGAGUUUGGAGACAUUCGAGGCUCCUGGGGAGCUUGGGGAGCGUGGUCAGCCUGCUCCCGGACCUGUGGCGGUGGCGUCCAAGGCCAGAGCAGGCCCUGCUUACCAGCCUACAGCGCGCCUCACCACCUCCCUGGAAGACCCAGUGUUCAGCCAGUGCCACCAGGAAUUGUUAUUUCAGCGCUGCGACCCUCAGUUCCUCUUCACAGGGAGACGCCUGGGGCCUUCAACAAUAGUCGCGGCGAUGGACACAGGAGAAACAGCCAUAUCAUCCCAGGAAGAUACGGUUAUGGAAGAGCACCUUUUGUUGCUCCACUACAGACCAACCCAGGUCAUAGAUCUGGUCGCCACCGACGCGCUAUGGUGGGUGACCAAUUCCCUGCCAGGGUCCAGGGAGCCUUGAGAGCUAAGGCGCUCUACCCCAACAACCUCCAUCGCUACGGCAAACCACCAGCCAGAGUACAGCAGCCCCUCUGGGCUCCCCUCUACCAGCCGGGCUCUGUCAAUCAGGCGGAGAGUCAGAGCGAGCAGGACUCGGGAAACCGAAUCUCUGAAACCCGUCCAUACCCAGGGAGACCCUACAGCCCCCUGGCCGCUUCCGCCUGCUCCGGAGAACAGUCUCGCCACAGAGUCUGCAACAGCAACGCCUGUUCUCCAUCUAGCAAACACUUCAGAGCUGUUCAGUGUUCUUCUUACAACAACCAGCCCUUCAUGGGGAGACUGUACGAGUGGGAGCCUUUCAACGAAGUUCCUGUAAACAAGCACUGUGAACUGAACUGCCGGGCCAUCGGCUUCAGGUUUUAUGUUCGGCUGUCGGAGAAGGUGAUCGACGGAACGGCGUGUGGACUCAAUGCAUCUCAUCUCUGUUUAGCGGGAAGUUGCACGAGUCCAGGCUGCGAUGAGUAUCUGGGAUCCGGGAAGGUGAUGGACAGAUGUGGAGUGUGUGGAGGCGACAACUCCUCGUGCAGGCUUGUCUCCGGGCUCUUCAAACACAGUCUGACCAAGAUCGGAUACCACAAGAUCGUGGAGAUCCCAGAGGGAGCCACGAAAAUCAACAUCACUGAGAUGGUGAAGAGCCGCAACUAUCUGGCGCUCCGAAGCAGAUCGGGAAGAUCCAUCAUUAAUGGAAACUGGGCCAUUGACCGGCCAGGAAAAUAUGAAGGAGGGGGAACCAUGUUCACUUACCGCCGACCCAAUGAAAUCAGCUCCACGGCUGGGGAGUCCUUUCUGGCUGAAGGGCCCACCAACGAGAUCCUGGAUGUUUAUAUGAUCUUCCAGCAGCCGAACCCCGGCGUUCACUAUGAGUACAUUGUUCCAUCUGAGUCGGUCAGCACUCCGCAGCCUGACCACAGUCCCAGAGAGAACGCUGUGAAUGGACACGGGGGAUACGACCAGCAUGGCUACCCCCACCAGGAAAGCUACAAUCAAGCAGCGGGCGGGAGACCCCCUUCUCGCGUGCCGGACAACCAGGUUCCUGCUGUGAAGCCGCCGAGACGUGAGAGGGAGCACAACUGGAAGCUGGCAGGCUCUUCAGAGUGCAGCGUUUCAUGUGGCAAAGGGUCCAAAUACUCCAUCUUCCACUGCGUCAACCGACUGACUCAGGUCCAGGCUUCGGACACUUUGUGUGACAGCAGCAUCAAACCGGCUCCACAGGAGGAGCCGUGCAACCUGCACCCCUGCCCUGCAUUCUGGGACAUCGGAGAGUGGUCAGAGUGCAGUAAGACCUGCGGCCUGGGAAUGCAGCACCGACAGGUCCUGUGCCGACAGGUUUACGCCAACCGAACCCUCAACGUGCACACAAGCCGCUGUCGACAUCUGGAACGACCGGAAACAGCCAGUUCCUGCCAGCUGAAGAUCUGCAGCGAGUGGCAGAUACGCUCUGAGUGGACCGCUUGUUCGGUACCUUGUGGUUUGGGACAGCGCUCACGCGAGGUUCGCUGUGUCAGCAACGUGGGCGACUUUGUCCCCGAUGAGGAGUGCAACAUGAAACUGCGUCCACUGGACGUGGAGAACUGCGACAUGGGGUCCUGCGCUAAGAGCUGGUUCUACACUGAGUGGGGGGACAAGUGCUCUGCUGAGUGUGGGAUGGGCGUCCGCUCCAGAGGAGUCCUCUGUCUGACCAACCACAUUAGCAGCCUCCCUCUGGAGGGCUGCGGCAGCGAUCGACCUCCUGACUCUCAGGUCUGCAACAAUGGUCCCUGUGAAAACCGCAUUGAGUGGUUCACAGGCCCCUGGAGUCAGUGUUCUGUGGAGUGUGGGCCGGGCAGCCAGCAGAGGGCGGUGGUGUGUCUCAUGAGGUCAGAAGAGGGCUUCACUGUCAUGCCGCCGUACGAGUGUUCGUCACUGGAUAAACCGCUGAGUCAGCAGAGUUGCAACAUCAAAACCUGUGGAGCCAAGUGGUACCACACCGACUGGAGCGCUUGCUCAAAGACAUGUGAAGGAGGGUUCCGUGUUCGCGAGGUCCGCUGCCUCUCGGACGACAAGUUGGCCAGCACCGGCUGUGAAGAAAAACUGAAACCGUCCCAAAGGGAGGACUGUAACCCCGAACCCUGCGUCCCUCAAAUAGAUGAAAACUGCAGAGACAAGUACUUCAACUGCAACGUGGUGGUCCAGGCUCGUCUGUGUGUCUACGAUUAUUACAAGAGCACCUGCUGCGCCUCAUGCUCUCGGGUUCCUCACAGACACACCAUCCACCGAGGCCGCAGCUAGCGCCCUCUUGCUUUCAGCUCUGUCGUUGAGCCGGACUCAGCCGCUUCUGCAGGAAUCCUGUUCCGGGAUCAGCCCUCGAAUGGGGGCCAACUGGACCUUCCUGGAAAUGGACAAGAGGAUGGACUGGAAAGCGUUGGUGUUCAGCGCCGGCUGCUGAACAGGAAGCUGCGUUCCAGGUCGAGGGGCGAUGAGAUGCGAAUCUCUCAGUGGAUUCUCACUGUAACAUGAUAAUAUGUGUUGUAUCGCUUUAGGUUCCGCCAGCAGUAUAAUGGAUUAUCUAAUGUAUUGUCACUCCUGAUAUAAAAAGACACCCUGAUAUAUCUGAUAUAGCACACGCUUUGUUGACCAAAGAUAUUUAACCUCAUCCAAGGGACUUUUAUAACUCCUAUGUACCCCGAUAUUGGAUGUGGCAAAGCAGAUGUGCCCCCCUCAUUUUGACAUGGUUGUGUGACUGGGAUUUGCAUAAUUUACCGGGGAAAUUCAUUUGUAUUUUGCGAGCAAAUCUCGCUCACAUCCUCAUUGUAUUUCCCUUCAUGUGACCCCCACCUAUCCUGUGCAUCUCCCCCAGUCACCGCUUGUCCUCUUCAUGUCUUCAUUUACCACCUCAUUUUCCACUCAUUUGAAUACUGUACCUUAGAGAUUAGCUACUAGUUAAACCAGGUAGAUCACAUUAACUGUCUAUUAAUUAAAUUAAAAAACAUUGUUGCCAAGGUGACAGGAAGGUCUAGAUGGCGCUCUUGGUUUAGAAGUGAUGUGAGCUCUCAUUGAAUCCGUUGUUCCGCGUGUCAUCAACCCUUCAUUGUGUCGUGAAACCUCAUCGACCACUCUCUACCUUUUAUCCGAAGCCUCUUCACCGAGCUCUGAUCAAUGAAUCUUGAAAUGUCCAACCAUUUAUUAUCAUAUUCCAGCAGCUAAAUAACUCAAAAUGUAUAUACAAUGGCGGUUGUUUAUAUCCCGUUGUGCGUGUAAAUACUGUAACUAUGUAUGUAUGUUUGACUCAGUGAAUGAUAGUGUUGUCACAUCGUUUUUCCAGCCACUGAAAAAGAAAAAAAAACUUAUUUAUUUGCUCGCCUCUCCUGGGAAGACGCUGCAUGAUAGGUCACCGGUGGCCCCUUUUUUGGCUGCAGGGACAAAACCUUUCACAGCUUCUUCACCAGUCACAACCUCAACGCUCAGCACAGGAGUUCAGCAGGCGGCUGGGAUGGUAGGAGCAGAUGGUCAGAAAAGCAUGGGAUGUACGUCAACAAAACAAGCUGCUAUGAUGUUCACGUCAUUUUGGACAGAAGACGAUCAUUCCAUGUUUGCAUGCGUCUCCUGCUUUUACUGAAAUCAGCAAAGACUGUUCCAUUAAAUGUAAUUGAUAUAUGAUUGCAAAGUGCAUUAUUUAAUCUGGUGUACAUAAAACAUUUACAGCAUAAGUAAAUCAGUUGGGGUUUAUGACGGUCUAAAUCGUCCAGGUGUUUUUUUUUGUUUUGUUUUGUUUUUAUGGUUUUUGUUGUAUCCCUCCAAGAGCAGUAAAUUUACCUCUCAUCCAUUAUUGAAGUAACAUUUAGAAGCGUUGGAUUUGAUGGACUGAAACAGACUUUCCAGAUGACUUUUCUUCCACGAAAUGCAUUAUGAAUGGUGCUAA